AGGGCCCGCCCCGCCCGCAGCGCGCAGCCUCGGCUCGGGGCAGCCAUGUGGGUGUUCGGCUACGGGUCUCUCAUCUGGAAAGUGGAUUUCCCUUACGAGGAGAAGAUGGUGGGGCGCAUCCUGGGAUACAGCCGCCGCUUCUGGCAAGGCAGCACCGACCACCGAGGCGUGCCGGGAAAGCCUGGAAGAGUUGUGACUCUGGUGGAAGAUCCUGAGGGUUGUGUAUGGGGUGUUGCUUACAGAUUGCCAGCUGGACAGGAAUGUGAAGUAAAGGCAUACUUGGACUUCAGAGAAAAAGGAGGCUACAGGACCACAACUGUCAUUUUCUACCCGAAAGACUCAUCAGUGAAACCUUUCGAUGUAUUGCUGUACAUUGGAACUUGUGAUAACCCUAACUACCUUGGUCCGGCACCUCUAGAAGAAAUUGCUGAACAGAUCUUUAACGCAGUUGGUCCCAGUGGAAGAAACACAGAGUAUCUGUUUGAACUCGCUAAUUCCAUCAGGAAUCUUGUACCAGAAGAUGUGGAUGAGCAUCUCUUCUCCUUAGAAAAACUAGUAAAGGAACUCUUGGAAAAGGAUCAAAACCUAAACUGUCUAUAAAAGAACUUCUUUUAAUGAUCUUGCUUCAUCUCCAGAGGAAUGGUUUUGUUGCACAAUAGGUAUAUUACUUGGAGGUGCGUUUCUCUGUACUAUGCUAUCUAAUUUAUUUUAAUAUUGCAUUCAAAAGAGUAGCUGAUCAUUAAAAUGCACUGUUCCAAAAAUCAUUAUUUCAGAAGUCUACAGAAAGGAGAUCGGGGAAUUGUUUUAGGUUUGAAUUUGGUAUACUGGGUUUUUACCCAAAGGCAACAUCUUCAUGAAAAUCUCAAGAGAACCACUCUUUAUUUCAUGAUUUAUUUUAUUAUUAUUAUUUCAGGCUUAAAAUAAAUCUUUAGAAUAUUUUUAAGAUCAAAAUCUGCAUUCAGAUAUAACUUCCAUUGAGUUAAGUAAUAGUUCUUUCUGAUUCAAGAUCACAGGCGUGGAGCUCAUUGCAGCAAAAGAGAUAAAUAUUACAUAGUUGUUGGAAAUUGCACAGUGGAACAUUUCUAUCAUCAAUGUUCAACUUCACUGAAAUUAAGUUAUUCCACAGAAUUAGUCAUCUUACCCUUUAUACAUCAGUUUCUCCUUAAAUGCAGAGGAUAAACUAUUUCAUUGUCAAGGAAAUAAUUCUUUCCCUUGGCUCAUUGUGUCAAACCCCCAAAAGCCAAAGCACAGGGUACUUUGGCACAAACAAGCCAUAAUGUAUCAGUGCCUCAUGUUAUUUCUUUAAUAUAAAGAGUAAAGCCAAAAUGUUAAAAUUAACCCACAGUACGACUUGAAGCCACAAUGCAGCAAGAACAUUCAGAAACUCUCAUCUUUAUUUGCCUUUAGAGGCUGUUCUAACCUCAUUUCUUAAAAAAAACUCACCAAUCUCUGACAAUAGAUUUUAAGCCACUAAUUUUUAACUGCUGUUUCAGGGAUUCACAGACUAAAAGCAAUUAAGAAAGGAACCCUCUUUUCAGUGAACUGACAUGUGUUAUGUGGACAUCCAAAAAGCAUUGGAAAGUCACCGGUUUAGGCUAGUAGGCUUACUUUGUGCAAAACGUAAGCAAAUGGAGUUUCCGUCCCAGCAAGGACUGGUCUUGCUUCUUAAAAAUUUAAGUUAUUUUUGUUAACUUUUAUCAAAGUAUAUUUUUGUAUGUUAAUACAGGAAAGGUCUUAUUUCAGAUACCAGGUAACAUCAUAUUUUCUCAUGCAGAGAAUGUAUAAGUGUUUAGUAGUAGCUUGGAGGCCUGUAUUUUGCGUCAUUAACUGCAAAAAACGUAUGUUCCUACUAUCCAGGUUGUCCCUUUCUCUUCAUUAUGUUUUCCUGUUCUAUGUUCAUAAUUGCUUGAAAACAUCAGGGUUAUCAAAUUAACAAGCUGCUAUUAUUUUACCUGGCCACCUACAAAAGCCAGCAGGAACAUAGAUGAAUGUUAAUAGGAAACGUGAGAAAGGCAGCUGAGUAGAAAUGAACAGAUGAGUAGAAAAUAGAAUAUUAAAAUUGAAACCUAAAUAUGAGAUAAUGAGACCACUUAAAAUAUUUAACAAAAAAAAAGCUGUAUUUUUUACAUACCUGAUUAUGAUUUUAGAAUGCCUCUGGCAUAUCUCAGGGACUGAUGCAUUGAGAAAAAAAAGUGUAUUAGUUUUUAGCACUACUGUUUACUAUUCCCAGUUGAAUGUCACUAUUAUAACAGUACAUAACGAGGUAUCACUUGAUAGGCUACUCUAAACUGAGGAAGCAAAACCUCUGAUCAAAAUAAUCACAUGUAACAAGGCCCCAUUUUUCCAUUAGUACAUGAGUUACUCGCAAAUUGAUGGACUACCCUUCAAAGGUCUUGAUUCUCCAUUGCACCGGUUUAAGACUGACCGAACUGAGCAAAAAAGCAACCCCAACUAGUUCAGCUGUAGAGCAGGAGAGAACAAUCAGACUUUGCGGCUGUCUGUAUGUAAGGACAGUCAUCUAGGUACCCAAAGCCAAGGCUGUUUGAAUGACUUCACAGAUGGGACAGUGAUAACCAUUACCCAAUUCAACAUGCUCCAUUACGCAUGCAUUUAUUCACCUUGAUUGAAAGCGUAAAUCUUGAGUGUUACUGGAUACAUAACUGUUACUAAAAAUGUUAUGUGUGAUGUGUUUUAAGAACAUUUAAGUAUUGAAAAGAAUAGUAGCCUCAAGAAAAGCCGGCCAACAGCAACACUUCCUUUCUUGUGUUUAGUUCAGAUUUAAGCAUGCUGUAGUGAAGCUAAACAUGAACAACGGCAAGUCCACUCUAUGCAUUUUUUAAAACUCUUCCCUCAAAAACUUACCCUUAUUCCUCAGAACAGGGCAGGGGAUGCUUACGCUCAGAACCGAUCCACACCCAUUAGUGAUGGUUCUCUCUUUAGAACUCUUACUUACUUAAGCACUGUGUUGGGGCAUUGUGAUUAUGUAUGGUUCUACAUUUUGUAUCUUUAAUUAAAAUCAGGACAUUGUUGGUUCAUUUGCUUUCCAGGUUCAUAAAACUUGCAAUAAUAUCUGUAAUGAUACAUUCCAGUUUGUGCAUACAACUUCAGUACAAUAAAAAUGCAUUACAGUUACUAAUGGUGCUGGAGAAAGACAUUUCCAGAAAUGUUAUGCUUAUAUAAAAGUGAUUCCAUAUUAGGAUGGACAUUGAUGUGUGUCUUAAUUGCAUCUUGUCAUAAAAUGCUGUUAGAUCUAAUGAUGAAAAAAACCAUACAAGAGCUAGCUGCUAUUACACAGUCAAACUGUGUCAACAUUAGGAAUUAAAACACUGGAAAUACACGUUUGUUCUUGCUGUAUGGGAUUUGAGCCGCAACUCUGCCCACAGCUUCAAUCACCAACAAAAGCCCAGUAUGCUUUCAUGUCUGUUACUUGCCACACAAAAACCCAACUUACACUUUUGUAUGUCAUAUAUGCUUAAUUUCUUUUCUACUGGUUAGAAUUAAAUCUGAGACUCCUGAGGUAGUGCCAGGAAGGAAACUUCCGCAAAACACCUUAAAGGAAAUAAAGGGUCUUCCACUAAGAAGGCAACAUGGCCAACAGCACUGAUUAAGUGUCUCUAUACAAAUGCAUGAAGCUUGGGCAACAAACAGGAGAAGCUGGAAGCUAGCGUGCUACUAGAAAGCUAUGAUCUGAUCUAGUUGCCAUCACAGAAACUUCGUGGCACAAAUCCUAUGACCGGAGUGUGGCUAUCAAUGGCUACAGUCUGUCCAGAAGGGGCAGACCAGGAAGGAGGGGUGGAGGCAUUGCCCUCGAUAUCAAGAAAGGGAUAGAAUGUGAAGAGCUGUCUUUGAAGGGUAGCCACAAACAGGUUGAAAGCUUGUGGGUAAGAAUAAAGGACUGAGGAACCAACAGGAAAUGUGUGGUUGGUGGAUAGUACAGGCCAGCUGAUUAAGGAGAGCCAACCGAUGAACCCUUCCUCCAGCUACAGAAGGCUUCACGCUCGCUCACAAGCUCUCAUCCCACUGGGGGACUUCAACCACCCUGACACAUGCUAGAAAAGCAGCAAGGCAAGCUGUAGGCAAUCCAGGAGACUCCUAGAGUGCAUUGAAGAUAUUUUCUUAACCCAGCUAAGACCCCCACCCGAGGGGAUGCAAUACUGGAUCGGAUGGUUACUAAUAGGAGUGAACUUCACAAUGACAUCAAGAUCAGAGGUAGCCUGGGCUGCAGUGAUCACGAACUGGUGGAGUUCAAGGUCCCGAGUUAUAUGGGACAAGCAAGGAGUAUAGUCAAGACCCUAAAUUUCAUCAAGACCAGACUAUUUCUAGACUGAACUGCUUUCCAGAAACUAAAGUGAUGCAAAUCUUUCACAAAGAUAAGUAGAAGUAUGCAAUGUUUGAUAAUUCUGAAAAUCACUUUAACACAUUCAGUAAAACAAUCUUCACUGCAAAUGCAAGAGUAAUAUCAUGUCAUACUGCAGUUCUUUACAGCUGACAAAAAACGGAAAACACAGUCUUAACAGAAGCUCUGAACACUUCAGGCAAUUUUGCUAAUAAGUGUAAGAAAAAAAUAUACUUUUUCAUUCAAACUGUCAUGGAUAACUUACCUCUUAAAGUGGAAAAAAACCAAACCACACUUCGAACUAACCCUUAAAAACCACUAACCCUUAAAACCUAAGGCAACACAGUUACAAAAUUGAUUGCAACACCCCCCAUAAAUAUUAUAUGACUAUUUUAUACAUUAUUUCCUCAAGUUGAUCCUGUCACCAGCUGAACUCUGGUUUGUACCCCUUCCCUUCUUUUCUUUCUGGUAUGCAUGUGGAUACAUGCUGUCCUCAAACUAAUGAGCUGAGGAUGUUGAGAAAACACAAUACUACAGCU